AUGACAUUUAUACUGAAAGGAGAAGUCUCCUACGUAACAGCUUUUACCAACAAUCCUCGUCGUCACAAAACCUCUGCCACUAAAAUUCCUGGAGGGGCGAAAAACAAGGCUUUUUCUUAUCAAAGGAGCACAAGCAUAGAUUGCAGUGUUAUUACACUGAACCAGGUUUUGUUCUUCUUGUCAUUUUAUUGGUUGUGUUGUUUCUCAUUUUAUAUCCCUGAGAAACGCCGUCACUGUUUACAUGGUUUCUUAAGUGACAUAUUUGAUGUACCACGGUAUCAGAAGUCCCGCAAGUAUCUUCAGCCAAACCGCUGGCUCCAAAGUUGGUGGAGAAGGGAAAUCCAAGCUCUGGUGCAGGAGGAAGAUGUUGACAUCGUCAUGCACCACAUACAUGGCGUGAUUAAUUCAUCCCUGACGAGGGAUGAACAAAAAGGUCGAACGACGGCACCUGAAGAAAAACAAAGAGAAUUUCAAGAAUCAACCUGUGAUGCAGCAGGGCCUUUCCUGGCAGCAAGAACCAAUCGGUUUGUAAACGAGGUGGAACUAUUUCUUGUUUCGGGUUUGAAAAUUGAAGCAUACGAUGCUGUGUGCAUGCAACGCUUAGGUUGGAGUGCUCCGGGAGUAACUACAGAGCCAGCAGAGGUGGAACUCGCCGAGCACAGACCUGUGAUCCCUUAUUUGUACAUAUUUUUUUAUUCCGACCGCAGCGAAUGA